CCACGUGACCUGGUUCACAGUUGAAAGUCAAACAUGGCGGCGCUGCUGGGACGGAGAGUGUUGUUAAAAGCCUUCCGCGUGCACACAGCGGACAGAGACAGCGCGUGCAGAUUAGCAGCAUCCACAAUCUGCACGAGACAGUAUGAUUUCCCCGGGAAACUACGGACAGCCCGACCCUACAGCUCCGACUCUAAGGACGACCUGAGAGUCCGGUACCUGGACGGGGACGAUGCUGGUAUCGUUGUUGUGGGGUUAAAUCGACCAAAAGCCAAAAAUGCCAUCAGUAAGAAUCUGGUUAAAAUGAUGUUUGACACCGUGGAGGACAUCAAGAAGAACAACAAAGUCCGCAGCGUCAUUAUCUGCAGCGUAGUUCCCGGGGUCUUCUGUGCAGGUGCAGACCUGAAGGAGAGAGCCAAGAUGCAUCAGAGUGAAGUGGGUCCGUUUGUGUCCAAAGCUCGAGCGCUCAUCACAGAGCUGGGGAACCUUCCUGUCCCGACCAUCGCUGCGAUCGAUGGCGCCGCUUUAGGAGGAGGACUGGAGAUGGCGCUCGCCUGUGACAUCAGGAUUUCCUCAAACAAUGCAAAAAUGGGACUUGUUGAGACCAAACUAGCGAUUAUUCCUGGAGCAGGAGGGACGCAGCGUCUUCCUCGUGUUAUCAGCGUCUCUUUGGCGAAGGAGCUGAUCUUUGCGGCGAGGGUGGUGGACGGGAAGGAGGCUCAUCGUCUGGGUCUGGUCAGUCACUCCGUGGAGCAGAACGAGAGCGGAGACGCGGCGUACCUGCGUGCUCUGGAGCUGGCACGAGAGAUCAACCCUCAGGGUCCGAUCGCUGUUAGGAUGGCCAAACUGUCGAUAAACCAGGGAAUAGAGGUGGAUCUGGCUACAGGUCUGGCUAUCGAGGAGGCGUGCUACGCCCAGGUGAUUCCGACUAAAGACCGUCUGGAGGGUUUGGCGGCCUUUAAAGAGAAGCGGCGUCCUCACUACAAGGGCGAGUGAUGCGCCCCUCUCUCUCCUCUGCUCUCAUUCUGCUCCACUGCUUCAACAUCACCGGGUGACUCUGAAAACGUCGACACAUCCACCCGUACGGACGCCAGAGGGCGACUGAGUGACCGCGGGAGCGUCCGGCGCUCUGGUUUUACCGACAACUUCAGAGGAAAUCAGCCGCCGGGUGUGUCGACCAACACGGAAGGAUCUGACAGGAACUAACUGAGCAUUAACUUACCGUACACCUCAGCAGUCCCAAACAUGAAUUACUCACUUACUAACCUUAAUAACUUACCGCCGUCUGCAGAACGAUUGGCUAACAGCAUCGUUGACUAGUGAACCAAUCAGAGAGCCAUACAAAUACCCCAAAUAAUCUGUGAAUUUAGCCUCAGAGGGUUUCUUUCUUUUAUUUUACUGCCUUUUUUAUGCUAAACACCAUGAGUUUCUGCAAUAAACCGUCUGGAUUCUCCCAAAGCUAAAAGACCUUCAUGAGGCAGAGGGUCUGGUCUCUGUCCUCAUGGAUUCUUACGUUUAAAAGCCAUUUAGAAUCUGACGCCAUCCAGAGGAGGGUUUGUGAUUGAACUGACAGUAAAGAGAUAGAAAACAGCGACAGCAUUGUUAUUCACAUUUACCUGGUGUUUAUUUGUUCCAUUAAAAAGUCCUGAUAUCUGACAAGGAUGAGCUGUGGUUAAAAAUCCAAA